AAAUUCGAAAAACCCCCUACUCCGAUGGCGCAAAUAUGUAUAUUAUAGCUUAGUGGACCUUACAUUUCAAAAAUCUAGUCCACGCGUUAGUUAUAAAUCAAAAUCGAAGUAAGGAGGUCCCACAGACAAGUAGUCAUUUACUCUCGCGUACGAAUUUUUAAUUGCCACGACAAACUUCCGAGUUCUGCAACACAGUUUUAUUCAUUGACCAUAAAGCUGCAUAACACGUAAUGAACCCACCGAAGACGGAGGGGAAGGAGAAUGUCCCAUGUUGCCAGCGUGGUGAUGGCCAAACAUUUCCCACCUCGGUAGUGCUUUCCUCCUUCAGUGUGACUGAUAAUUAUAAAGAAAUUGACGACAUCAGGAUCUCCAAUAAGAAGAUCACAUUACUCCAAGAGCCGAACGAAUCUCUGUCAUUGAGUUGCCAAAUCCAUCACGAUGGUUUUGUUAAAACCGGAUCAUUGUACGUCUUUAAUCUACAAUUAUCAUUCGAUAACGCUCUCCAUCACAUACCGCAGUCUUACUGCUACGACAUAAGCCUGAUGGCAAUGGUAUCCAAGCGCGGCAUUGUUUUCCACGUGCCCUUGUCGACGGACAGGCUGAUUCGCAAGGAAAACAAAAUAUCUUCGUACGUAAACUUUUUCCUGAAUACCGACGACAUCGAUUCAAGCCGAGAUUAUCACAUGUGCUGCAGCAUUAAUCGUAUCAAUUUAGCGACAUCGAGUGCAGAUCCGGAAUUAACCCUCGGCGAGGCACUGCUGCAGCAACAGCACUGCGUCCUCCCCAACGUGCGUUUCCAGGUGGAUAACUACGAGUUGAACGCGCACCGCUCGGUUCUCGCGCAGUACAGCUCGGUAUUUUACGACAUGUUCUCGCGAAAAGAUUCCGCGGAGAGCCGCACCGGAGUGGUGGAGAUCCACGACUUCGAGGCACCGGAGAUGCGGGCGAUGCUGCACUACCUCUACACUGGUCGCACGAACGGCUUUAUCUCCGAGUUUCCGGUGAAGCUGAUGAAGGUGGCGCACGAGUACAAAAUCACCGGACUGAUUGCCAAGUGCCAGGAGGCCAUGAUGUUCCGGAUGAGACAGGACAACGUCGUCGAGUUCCUCGAGCUGGCGAAGUUGUGCGAAUUGGAAGAAUUGAAACGCAACGCCAUGGCCUUCAUCGCUAAGCACGAGGAGGAAAUGCUCAGAGAUCCGAGCUAUCUGGUUUUUCUGCAACGCGACUUGAGCGUCGACACUCUCGCCCACACGCUUAAGGCCAUCGCUAAGCACGGCGAGUUGUCGAGCAUUAAAGAUAAGACAUUUGAGUUCGCGAAGGAAAACCGCGCGGAGUUAGCGGAAAACGAGGAUUAUUUAGGUCUGUUCGAGUCUCAUCCGCGGUUCAUGAAGGAAAUGUUUGUUUACAUGAAUCGUAAACGAGCGAAUAAAUGAUGUAUCUGAUGAAUCUAUUGCUGGAAUUUUAUUACUUGAAUAUUAACUCUUAUUGCGUUACUUUUGUACAGGUUCUCUUUCUUCUAUGAUUAGGCGAUUUGAAUAAAAGUUUUACAUUGCA